AUGUCUGGCGUUAGCCGCGCUAAGGGCAAGGAGAGGGUAAGGCCACGUCGCCGACAUAGCAGCUCCUCCUCAUCUGAAGACCUGCAACAACCAAAGAAGGAUAGUCGCUGUUGUUACAACUGUAACCAGAUCGGCCAUAUCGCUAUAUGGUGCCCUAGGCGGAAGCCUCUCAGCCCUACGAAGGCUAAGAAGGUCAAAAAGGUUAAGAAGGACCCUAAGCCUGAAGGAAGCAGUAAUGAUAGUGCUACAGAGGAGCCAGGAAAGGCAAAGCCUAGUGAUAUCACAGAAUGGAAGCAGUUUAAGCAUCGCAUGAGCGGCAAGUCAGCAGUGAUCACUACCUAUCGCUCUGAGCGGGUACUAGGCAGCUUCAGCAACAUUAUAGGCGCUACGAAAGCAACAGGCGUAGUUAUCUUUAACCUCAAGCUGUACGGUUAUGAUGAGAAGAUCUUUACGUAUACCCGUAUACAGCAUAGGAGGGGUGGUGUAGACUUACGUCUGAAAGGCGAGGGAGAGCUAGAGCGAGUACGCCAGAUCAGGGCUGCCCGCCUCCUCCCAGGAGCCCCUUUUGCAACGCUCUAUAGGAGGGCACAACAACGAACCAAAGGAACUGCAGGAUAUAAAGUUCGAGCGAUCAGCUUAGCAGAUAUACAGAAGGCUCUUACGAGGAAGACUGAGAAGGCAGACCUAAAGGCCCUCCUUCCACCAGCUGUACUAGCUGAGUUCCGAGAGCUAUUCCAACCUGACGAAGCUGCUAACCUUCCUCCGCAUCGCCCUGGAGUCGACCACAUGAUCCCUAUCAAACAGGAGAGCGACGGCAACGAGGCUGCACUACCAUGGGGGCUGCUCUACAGCAUGUCACGAGAAGAGCUUCUCAUCCUCCGUAAGACCUUGAGAGACCUACUAGAUAAAGGCUUUAUCCGCACUAGUAGCUCAGAAGCAUCAGCCUUAAUAUAG